AGUAACUCUUCAGAACCUGCUAUCUGAGCUAAUUAGUUUCUCGAAAUUCUUUCUGUUGAAACUGGCAGCAGUUCCUAGUUGAGGAUGCCCGUUUCCUAUACUGAAAGCAAAAAUACCUAAGAUACUCGGAAAUGUUCAGUGACCGACAACUGUUAAUGUUACAAUUGUGCAAAUGAUCGAUUAAUUUUGUCCAGUCAAAGUAGUUAAAGCAUGUCAUUCAAAUCUUUCACUUGAAACCAAAUCCUGCUGGUGGUGUUGUUGGACAAGGCUUCAGUUACAAAGGGAUGAAAAGCUACUGGGACAGCUACUGAUCUUACAAAUGACCAAACUGGCCUUCACCUCUGAAAUGGACGCCUCACCAAUUCACUGAUUCCCAGUACGGACUGUUCAAUUGAUCACAUCUGGCGACCUUAUAACUACUCCAUCUAGAGAAGAAGAUGCAAAGCAACUCUUUCUGGUGGUCUCUCUCCUCAGACCACAGACCAUGGCCACCGAGCUAGAUGUGAGCAAGUCCCGCCGUUUCGACAUUGCAAUGUCGAGGCGGACACGGCGACCCACGAGCCUGGUUGCUUGUUUCCAAGAUCAGUAUGGGCCAUCCCUGGCGCAACAUCGCCACCAAGAGCUGAAGGCAUUUCUUGAAUGCCAAGAUGCAGGGCUGAAGGCACUCCAACAUUAUGAGGAUGCAGAGCAUCUGGCACCGUGUCUGGAUGAAGAUGAGGAGCGGAAGUUUCCACAUGCACCACUCCAGUAUGAAGAUGGGGAGCUGAAGAUUCCACAAGCACCACUCCAGUAUGAAGAUGACGAGCAAAAGACACCAGAGCAAUAUCAAGAUGAGCAGGAGAAGAAAUAUCAGCAAUAUUCAGGUGAAGAGCAGAAGAAACCAGAGCAUUAUCAAGGUGAAAAGGAGAAGAAACCAGAGCAGCAUAAAGAUGAAGAGGAGAAGACGCCAGAGCAGUAUCAAGGCGAAGUGCUGAUGACACCAAACCAAUUUGAAGACGAUGAGGACACGGCAGCAGAGCGAUACCAAGACCCUGAGCAAGAGGCACCUCAACAACGCCAAGAAGCAGAUGAGAAGGCGUCAGAGCAGUCUGAAUAUGAUGAGGAGCAGCAGAAGGCACAGCAGGAAUGCUGCAACACAGAGCAGAAGGAGACGGAGCAAUUCCAAGGCUUGAAGAAGCUAGGAACGCCACUGCGUGCUGUCGACAGUGUGCCCCGGUUCUCCCUUCAGGAGCUGAUACAACAGAAGCAGCUUCAAACCGGAGAGGCAAAGCCUGCCAGCAAGCAAGCCGGACAUGGGGAAAGUGUCCUUCCUGACCAUAAGGUUUCCGGAUCAGGAGCAGCAGCAGGCGGCACGACACUGGCCAUGGUGAUAAAGCGACCCGAGGGCGGGAAGAAGUCGAUGGGGAUGAUACGGCGGUGCGUGAAGGCCCUGAACCAGAUGAUCAAGACCAAGCACGGGUCUAAGAAGAACUUGCAUUUGUAAUUUGAACAGAAUUCAGCAGUACAUGAUGAUGAGUACGUGUGGUCCAGACUCGAGAGUUUCUUAGUGGACUGCACAUCUCUGAAGAAUGCGCACGCAGUUGUACUGUACCAAGUUUUGGGCAUAAUUCAGAGUGUGCAAGAUCUGGUAAGAAACUCCGCAGCCAUACCGGGCUUUUUACGCUCCGGUCUAUACCGUCUACCUAUAGCAAUAAACUGUGAAAUUUAGCUGAAGAUCGCCAGUCUGUUACUACUUUGUUAUAAGAUGCUCUACUCACUGAAGUUGUACACUAUUUGCUCGACGAUGUAAUGGGUAAAAUGUCAAAGGAGUCGAGAUUAGGCUCUGAACGCGUGUGUUGUUGACUUCCUCUGCGAAGCUUCUUUUAGAAGUGUGAUCGUGAUCACAAAAGGGAAAUUGGUCGGUUGUACCGACACUUCUCCCCCAGGUCA